AAAAUUCACAAAAAUCAAAGGCUUUGUUUCCCCUGCACUUCUGAAGAACCCUAAAAGUUUUUCCCCUUGUUUCUCAUUCUGCAAACCCCAAAAUCAUGAUGGGAGGAACCAAACGUUUCGGAUUAUCCGAUUCCAAUUCCGACCCCUCCUUUCAGAACAAAAGAAUAAUGACAGGAUCCUCAUUUGAUGUUCAUAGAGCAGAAUUUUCUCAAGAGCAGACUAUGGCUACACCUUCAUUAGAUGAACGGCGAGCUGAGUCAUCGCGGCUGCAUGUGAGAGCUCUCAACACCCAGUUUGCAAGUUGGGUACAGACACAACUAAAGGAUCACCCUGAUGAAAUUUGGGAAGAUGGUAUUCGAGAUUACCUGGCUCAUGCCUCAAACAUAAUGGACAAAUUUAGUGACGUCGUCAACUGGCUUAAAGUAAAUGCUGGAAAAGGAGAAACAGUGGUUGCUCCAGGAUCUCAGACUUCUGUCGAAAGUAAAAAGGUGCCAGAGUCCACAGACAAUGAGACGAACAAAUUUCAGUCAACAACCCCUUUCUCAUUUGGUGCAACCACAAACUUUACAGCUCCAUGGAGUGCUGGAGUGUUCUCGAGCAGCCAGAGCUCUUCAGGAGUUUUCUCCAACAACCAUAGCUCCACAGGAGUGCUUUCUACCAGCAAAAGUUCUACAGGAGUAUCUUCCAAUGGAAAAAGCUCUUCAGGAGUACAUAACAGCUCUCCAGUCUUUUCCCCUAAUCAGAGCUCCAGCAUGUUUUCAAGUAGUCAGAGCUCCAACAUGUUUUCCAAUAGCCAAAACUCCGGCAUGUUCCCCAACACCCAAAGCUCUGGCAUGUUCCCCAACACCCAAAGCUCCAGCAUAUUCUCCAAUAGCCAAAGCCCAGUUUCUUCCAAUAGUCAAAGCCCUGGAUUAUUUUCCAAUAGUCAAAGUCUGGGAUUAUUUUCCAAUAGUCAAAGUCCGGCGUUUUUUUCCAACAAUCAAAGUUUUGGAGGAUUCUCCAACACACCCAGUUUUGGGUUACUCUCCAACAGUCAACCCCCUCCAUUGUUUGGAAGUCAGAGUUUAGUUCCUCAAAACCCUGAUGCUUCUGAUGAAGCAGAUGCUGAUAAUGAUGUAAAGCAACCUAGCAGCCCGUCUGUGAAAAAGUCUGAAGAAAAGGGUGUUGUUGUAGUGCACGAAGUCAAGUGCAAACUUUAUGUGAAGUCAAGUGAUCCAGCGGAUAGUUGGAAAGAUAAAGGGACAGGGCAGCUAACGAUAAGAUGCAAAGAGGGUGUCAGCAAGGGUACAAAAGAAUCAAAACCAACAGUCAUUGUUCGUAAUGAUGUGGGAAAGCUGCUGCUUAACGCGUUGUUAUAUUCAGGCAUCAAGACUAAUCUGCAGAAGAAUUCCCUUGUUACAAUAUUCCAUACUGCGGGUGAUGGUGAUGGAAAUGAUGGUAGUAAUCAAGAUAGUGUUGUGACACAAACCUUCUUAAUAAGGAUGAAGACAGUGGAGGAUAGAGAUAGACUGGCUACAGCAAUCCAAGAAUAUGCUCCUUCAUCUGAAAGCGAGUAAAAACAUGGACGUCUUGUUGUACUACUAGCUACAACAAUGUAAUGGUGUAUUACUAGAAAGGAUCAAUUUUGUUAACUAUAUAUUUCGCAAGGGCUGCUCCGUUAGCUGGCCCUUUUUUGAGGCUCCAAUCGAGCAGAGGGUCGCUUUGAUAGAUCAAAUAAAUUAUAGUGUGUUUAAGAGGCAAUCUUGUACCAUAAGAGGAUGAUAGUGCUUAUGUUUCACUGAAGAUUUGUAACUUGUUCUCUUUAUGCAAUCUACCUAUCAAUUGUUGGCUGGUACGGUUAUCAAU